AUGUUCCGCCUCCCGUCCCUCAAGCGGCGCUUCUUCCCACGCCACAAGCCAGGCGUGAUAACGCUCUCGCCGCCGCCAACGCCGCCGCGCACACCGAGCCCGGGCGACGCCCGCUCGUCAUCCAUAAUGGGCGUGUAUGCCGUGUCCUGGGACACGGGGCGCUCCACAACCACCGCCGAGUCGCACUCGCACCCGCACUCGCCGCCGCUCUUCGCGCCCACGCGGCUGGUGGACACGAUUCUCGAGGACGACGAGCGGGAGGGCGAGCGUGAGCCGCUCGUCGUCGCCGACGAGGACGAGGACGAGGAUUCACUCAGCGAGAGUGGCGACGCCGACAGCGACGGCGACGACGCAGACGAAGACAUCGUCUCCGAGUGGUCGUUUGGCCACGCGCCAGACGACGACAGUGUGCCGACCGAGACGGCCAACGGGCUCCUCAUUGCGCCGAACACGCGCAGGGACGUGCCGACCGAGACGGACAACGGGAUCCUCAUCGCGCCUGCCGCUCCUCCUCGCCGUGAGGUGCCAGUGGCGACAGAGACGGCGGCGGGCAUCCUCGUCGUGCGGCGCGAGCGCGAGCCCGAGCCGGCGAGCGACGCAGAGAGCGCGUACGAGGACGCCGUUGAGCAUCCCAUGCUCCCGCCGCUCGUGCUCCCGCCGCUCGUGUUCACCCCGCUCCCGCCGCUACCCACUACGCCUCCAUCGCGGUCGCCCACCAGCCCCGCCGCUGGCAGGCCACUCACGCCGGCCGAGGUGCCGCGCCGCGCGUCGUCGCUGCACGCGUCGUCGCCGACGGGCACGCGCGCGCCGUCCCCGAGCUCCACACGCGCGACGUACCGCGAGGUCGUGCCCACCCAGCAGCGGGGCAAGGCGGCGCAGUCCCGCCCGUCCGUGCUGAAGCGUCUUGCCACGCGCGCAGACGACGCGCCGCCCCUCCCCGUCGUGGACAACGACGACAUGCUCGCGCUUGGCGGCCUCCGCCCCCAGCGCAGGCGGAGCAAGCGCAAGCCCGUGCCGUACGCUGCCGACGAGCACGCGACGCUCCCGUCCGACCACGUGAGCUGGGUGCAGGCUUUGCGUGCGGAGCCGGACGACACGCGGGCGCAGGUACUCGCCGCGUGCGACGACGACAGCGGCACGCUCGCGCAGCUGAACGCGCGGCUGGACGCGCUCCUCGCGCCGCCCGAGCGGCCGGUGUCGCUCGUCGAUCUCGUGGCGCCGGACGCAGACGAAGCCGUCCUGCGCAUGCGCCUCCGCGCGCGCCUCGAGCUCGGCGACGCGGCGCCGCCAACAAUCGCGGCGUACCGUACCCUCGCUACCGCUGAGGCGGGGCACGCGGCCCAGGUGGCGUGGUUUGUCGAGGAGCGCGGCGCGAUGAAGCGCGCCCUGGACAAGAGCUACGCCGCGUGGGAGACCGAGCGGGACCUGCACCUCCGCACGCUGCUGCGCGAGCUGCGGCUGCGGCGCAAGGCGCACGCGCUGGAAGCUGAGCUUGCGGCUGUCAAGGCUGGGAGCGGGCAGGCCGAGGGGGGUGAGCAGGCCGUGCGUGACUGGCUUGAGGACGUCGAGGCGAGUCGUAGGGAGCCUGCACCCACCGUGCCCCUCCAGACUCCUGCCGAGGCCGUCGACCGCGCCAACUCGUCCAUCGUCCAGCUUGUCGACUGGGUCGACAGGCUCAAGGUUGAGAACCGCGGGCUGCGGGCGCGUCUGGCCUUCGGACCGGGCGUCGACUACAAUGUCGACUACAACUGGCCCUCAGAGUAG